AUUUCACAUAUAACCCAAAAUUCCACUCACUGAAGAAGCGUUACAGAUAAGUAAUAAAUGUUGGCUUCAUAAUCUGGAUGAGGAUCAUCUUUCAUUGGAGAAGAGAAGGAAGAGUUUCCCAUCUACUUUGCCCUGCAUACUGAGCUCUGACGUUGAGAUCUCAGUCUACAUCUAAUUGUUUCUGGAGCCUUGGAAGCACGCUUUGCCCGUGGAGUGUUUGAUAAACAGAGCUUCUCAUACAGACCACAUGAGAUGGGCGCCUGGCUUGGAGGAGAUGCAGUACAGAGGCCCUAGCAGAAGCUCAAAAUGGAUGACUUCUACUGAUGCUUCUUGACAAUUUCAUCUCCUCUUUUCCUGUUUGAGAUGGCUGAUACGAUCAUCAGGAAAAAUUUCUAAACUAAGCCUGAGUGACGACGUCUCUUUCCCCUAACUCAUCUUUUCACAAAUCUGCAAACCAUCAGACAAAAUGAGCAGUCCACUACAAGAGGAGUCUGCAGAGCCCCAGAGCUCAGAUGAGCUCGAGUGCAAGAUCUGCUACAAUCGCUACAACCUGCGACAGAGAAAACCAAAAGUGCUGGAGUGUUGUCACCGAGUAUGUGCCAAAUGCCUCUGCAAGAUCAUAGACUUUGGCGAUUCUCCUCAAGGAGUCAUAGUUUGCCCAUUUUGCAGGUUUGAAACAUGCCUGCCAGACGAUGAGGUUAGUAGUCUUCCCGAUGACAAUAACAUCCUUCUGAAUUUAGCUUGUGGGGGAAAGGGAAAGAAGUGCCUACCAGACAACCCAACGGAACUGCUGCUGACUCCCAAAAGGUUGGCGUCUCUGGUUAGCCCUUCUCACACCUCUUCGAAUUGCCUGGUUAUAACAAUCAUGGAAGUACAAAGAGAGAGUCCCCAGACUCUGAACUCCACACCCGUGGUGGAAUUUUACAGGCCUACGAGUUUUGACUCUGUUGCAACUGUGUCCCACAACUGGACAGUGUGGAACUGCACAUCUUUGCUCUUCCAGACCUCAAUUCGGGUGCUAGUUUGGUUGCUGGGGUUGCUGUACUUCAGUUCCUUGCCUUUAGGGAUUUACUUACUGGUAUCUAAGAAAGUCACCCUUGGGGUUGUCUUCGUAAGCCUUGUUCCCUCGAGCCUUGUUAUUCUCAUGGUUUAUGGCUUUUGCCAGUGUGUUUGCCAUGAAUUUCUAGACUGCAUGUCUUCUUGACAACAAAUGCAGUGAAAUAAGGUACACUGCCACAUGUGUAGCAUAGUUGAUUUAGCCUGUCUUUAUAUUCUUAUUUAUUUUUAUCAUUGACCAUCCCACUGAGUGAAAGCAGUGACCCAUAUUAUGCAGUUCUUUUUACAAUUUGAUUAUUUAUUGUUUUCUCUUUAUUUUCUUUUCC